CUCCUCUGGAAUGAACCUGGUGGCCUUAUUCACAUCAUGGACAACCAAGCUCACCGAUCCCACAAAAAGACAGAUCACACCAUGGCCAACACCUUCACCAAGCAAUGGGGCAACCAUUCUUCCUUUAAACUAGGAGGUGGGUCUGGUUUCCCAAUGUUCACCAUUUUCCAUUUCAAUGACCUGGUGACAUAUUCCUCAGAGGUGUUUUUAGAGCACAACUUCAAUGCUCUUAACCCCGAUUUUGUGGCUCUUCUUCAUGGCAUGGCAGCCAGCACUGGCCUCAGGGAUGGUGCUGAAGGGGCAGGGUCCAUCAAUCCCUUCAUCAAAGGUCUCUUCUUGGGGAAAGCCACUGCCAUACAGGCCCAUCCCAGAAGCAAGGACAUGAUCACUGCAGCCCAACAACCUGUCAAACCCAUGUGUGCUCCUUCCACCUGCCAGAUGAAUACCAUUUGUCAUAUGCCAUGCAACAAUGCUGCCACUGGCAUGACUCCUCCCAUUGUCAAAGAAGAACAUGAGGAUGAGGACAUCACUACUUCCCAGAACACAGGUACUCUGUGCAUCACAGGUGAAUUCUGCACUGCCCUCAAUACACUCUUUGAUAUGUUGGGAGACACACAAUUGGUUCAUGUUCUGUAUGAACCCAAAUGA